CUUUCCUCUCUCCACACCAAAUCAACUCGAGCGUUCAAUUUCGAUAGUUAAACAAUGAAGUACAUUGGGGCACUCCUCCUAGCUCUUCCAAUUGUCAUAAGCAUCAAUCUUUUUUCAUCUCCUUCACAUGCCAUCUCCUCAUGCAACGGCCCUUGUCAUACCCUAGAUGAUUGCACCGGACAAUUGAUAUGCAUCAACGGGAAGUGCCAUGAUGAUCCCGACGUAGGCACGCACGUAUGUCCCAGUACUCCAUCACCGUCGGGUGGAGGAUGUCAACCCUCAGGCACUAUGUACUGCCAAGACAAGUCCUACCCUAAAUAUAGUUGCUCGCCGCCGGUAACGUCUUCCACUCAAGCGACCUUGACGAACAACGAUUUUAGCGAAGGCGGUGAUGGUGGGGGCCCGUCAGAAUGCGACAGCAGCUACCACGACAACUCAGAAAAGAUUGUUGCCCUAUCGACUGGGUGGUAUGCUGACGGGUCUCGGUGCGGGAAUGGGAUCAAAAUAACAUCUACGAAGACUGGGAGAAGCGUGACAGCCAAGGUGGUGGAUGAGUGUGACUCUAUGAAUGGGUGCGAUGGUGAACACGCCAAUCAGCCACCGUGUAGGAACAACAUCGUCGACGGUUCAAAGGCGGUGUGGGAUGCUUUGGGGCUAGACAUAGCAGUGGGUGAAGAGGAUGUUACGUGGUCCAUGGCAUAGAAAUUAAUGGGUUUUCCUUCCCCAGAGAUGAUCAAAGUAAGGCUAAAUAAGAUCUUGGAGUUCAUGGUUGUUGACUAGUGUGCUGUAAUAAGUUUGAGACUGCGCGAAUAUACAGUUCUAAUAUGCAAAAUGAAUUGUCAGGGCGACAAAACCGUAUGGAAAUGCUUGUAAGAGAAGAUAAUAUGCAGUCCGCUGAGACAAUAAUAAUUUUAUUACGACGCAGUGGUAUUA